UAAUCAUGUUUAUUAAAGCGACGGGUUCUUCCAGAAGUUUCUAGCUGCUUAUAUAAGGGUUUGGGAUUCAGUAUAUUAUUAUUACAGAUCGCAGGGUUUCUCUGGUUUUAGGGUUUUAAAGUUGUAAUUUCUGCUCCCAAACGAAGACGAAAAUGAGUCGACAUCCUGAGGUUAAGUGGGCACAGAGGGAAGACAAGGUUUACAUCACUGUUCUGUUGGCAGACUCUAAAAAUGCUAAAGUUGAUCUUAAACCAGAAGGUGUCUUUACAUUUUCUGGUAGUGCUGGAUCAGGUGACAAUCUUUAUGAAUUGACAUUGGAGCUUUUUGACAAGGUUAAUGUAGAGGAGAGCAAAAUCAAUAUAGGUGUGAGAAGCAUAUUCUGUGUUGUUGAAAAGGAAGAGAAGAAUUGGUGGAAGAAGCUUUUGAAAGGUGAUGAAAAGACACCUCAUUACGUGAAAGUAGAUUGGGACAAGUGGGCCGAUGAAGAUGAUGAACCUGGUACUGGUGACAUGGAUUUAGGAGGAAUGGACUUCUCUAAAUUUGGCGGCAUGGGCGGUGGUAUGGGUGGAAUGGGUGAUAUGGGCGGUCUAGGUGGCAUGGGUGGAAUGGGAGGUCUAGGUGGCAUGGGUGGUUUGGAAGGCAUGAUGGGAGGAAUGGGAGGAAUGGGCGGAAUGGGAGGUCUAGGUGGCAUGAUGGAUGGUCUAGGUGGCAUGGGGGGCGAAGAUGACAUUGAAGACAGUGAUGAAGAUGAAGAAAGUGCAAAGCUAGAGGAGCAGAUUGAUGAGAAAUCUGAAGAACAUGAAGUGAAAGUUGCAGCACCAGCAGCACCACAGUCAUCCACUUAGGAAGGUGAGAGAUUUGUUGGUGUAAAACAAAAACAAAAAUUGUGUUGAGUGUACUGUUUUAUUUUGAUCUUUUGUUUGAGUUGAGAACUGGGCAUUCAAAUUUUACCUCCUUAUCUUAUUAUCUAUCAUCUUUAGCUUAAGAGAAACAUUUGACUACUUAUUUUAAUUGCUCUUAUUUAACAUAUGCUUUCUUCUUUCUUGAUCAUCA